AAAAAAAAAAAGAAGCUGAUUCAGACUCCAAAUUGAAACGUAAAAUCGAAUCUUCUUUUUAGCCUAUAUUAAUAGACGAGUUUGCCCAGUUUUUCUAAACUCACUUCGAAUCCAUCCAUAUAUAAUACUAGUAAUUGAUAACAGAUAAAAAUGUCUCAGACGGUUGUUCUGAAGGUGGGUAUGUCAUGUGGAGGUUGUGCUGGUGCUGUCAAGAGGGUUCUUACUAACAUGGAAGGGGUGGAAACUUUUGACAUUGACCUCGAGCAAAAGAAGGUAACAGUGAAAGGGAACGUAGAGCCGGAUGCAGUUUUGCAGACUGUUUCCAAGACUGGUAAGAAGACCGAAUUUUGGCCAAAAGAAGCAUCAUCAUGUUGUUGUGGACCCAAAAAGGCGGUGGAACCUGCUGCCGCCCCUUCUACUGAAGCUGGAGAAGCAGUGGAGCCUGUGACUGCACCAUCUUGUGGAGCGGAACCUGUGGCUGCGUCAUCUUGUGGAGCUACAAAACCAACAGAAGAUGUUGCCGCACCAUCUUGUGGAGCUGCGAAACCAGUGGAACCUGUGGCUGCACCAUCUUCUGAGGCCGAAAAACUGGUGGAACCAGCUGUUGCACCAUCUUCUGAAGCUGAAAAACAAGCUGAACCUAUUGCGGCUUGAUCUUCUUAUAAGGGUUUUGGAUGUUGGUGUAUUCAAUAUGUUAGUAGUUGUGUGGGUUGUUGUAAGUUUGUAACUUCUUCCUUUGUAAAAGUUAGCCAUUGAGAUAAAUCUUGGCACCACAAUAAAAACAGAACAUGAUUGUAUGAUACUCGUAUAAAAAAGUACUAGUACAAGUUAUGAAAAAAACCCAAAGUAUUUAAUUACUCUUCA